CAGGUGCUCAAUAAUCUUAUAGUAGUUCCAAUACGCGAAAUUUACCUAAUUAUAUACAUUUAAGGUAGAUAAUCUGAGUUUUCGUUAGGAAUAAAAACAAUAACAAUGUCAAUACACCGCAGGAUUUUAUGCAAGAUGUGGUUGAUACCUUAUACGCUGAAGGCGUAUCUCUGUCGAUGUCCCCGAUUUCCGACGGAUGCUCCUUGGCAAGUGGCUGUUGAAGAUGGAAGGAGAGUACCGUUUCUACUGUGUGUUGUACUGACUUUACUUGGUUUGACGUGUAUAUUUUUUGCGAUGUCAUCGGGUACUACGAGUACUGUAAUCGCCGACUUUCCGAUUGAAACCAGCCGUACACAAAUAGGUCUAUACCUGCAUAAUCAUUCGCUAUUCCCACAGGAACUUGACCAGGAUAAAGCAAUAAAUGAUACAAAUUCAGAAAGAAGAGAAAGUAAUCACGAUCAAAACUGCAUCAAAAAGAAGUUCGACAUUAGUUUUCUGAAAGUUCACAAAGCCGGAAGUACAACUCUUAUGAAAAUAUUUCUACGCUUUGCUAUUGAAAAUAAGCUGAAUAUAGUUCUCCCUCGAAGAUCAAAAGGCUAUGGUUUUAACUAUUUAGGAUAUGGACAGACGUUAGCUAGAGAGAAAAUAGUUCCACUUCCGGCAAACGAGUCAUACAAUAUACUUUGUAAUCAUGUGGUUUAUAACAGAGAAGCAUUUCGUUCCAUAAUGACUGAAGACACAGUUUAUGUUGGCAUAAUUCGAGAACCAGUCAGUUAUUUUAAGUCUGCAGCUUCAUAUUAUGGUUUCUACAAGCACUUACAGAAUCUGUAUGAAGGCAAAAUCCCACAAGAAAGGAUUGUUGGUGAAUUUUUGAAAAAAACUUUAGAGUUUUUGAAAAACAAUUCACACACAGAACAACUAAUAUAUUAUGUUAACAAUAAAAUGUCUUUUGACUUUGGAAUUCCAAAUCAGAAGUUCCACGAUAAUGUUUUUGUUGAAGAGUAUAUCAAAGAAUUGGACCGAGACUUUUCACUAGUGUUGAUACUAGAACAUUUUCAAGAAUCUUUAGUUCUAAUGAAACGGAUAUUAUGCUGGAACACGAAAGAUAUUUUGUAUGUACCAUUAAAUGCUAUGGAAAUCGAGCCAUCCUUUGAUUUAAAUGGUGAAGACAUAGAUAACCUCAGGAAAUGGAAUAGUGCCGAUUUUAAAUUGUAUAAUUAUUUCUACAAAGUGUUUAUUGCAAAGAUUGCGUCUUAUGGCGAAGACUUGAAAGAAGAGGUAGAAAACUUUAAAUCAAUACAAGAAAAUGUAAAAAAUUUUUGUAACAAAAUAUUAGGGUAUCAUGACACUUCGUCUUUUGUAACAUUCCCAAAUACGAAAUGGGGAGAUGGUUUCAUGGUGACAUUGAAGGAUUGUAAACUGAUGAUGGAACCCGAAUCAACGAAGCUGGAAAUGUUGAUAGAAAAUGCAUGGACAAGAUAUAACGCCUCAAAAGCAAAUACAUAAUUUGAAACAGUAAAGUGACUACUAAAUUGUAGAUCUACUGGUAGACCCUAAAGCUUUUUUGUCGAAAAGUUAUUUUCAAUUAUUUGAGAAACUAAUAUAAGUUUUUGUAUCAUUCUAAAGGACUUUACUUGUGGUGCUAAGAACUCUACAAAUUUUAAAGAUAUUUUAACAAGUCUUACCAAAAAAUAUUUUACAUGUAAAGAUCUCAAUUUUUAUAUCACGUAUAAGACGAAUAUGUUGCUUUAUACUUUUUUUAUACAUGUACAUUUAUCUUAAAUAUUUCAAAACCGGCUAAUAUCUGUUGAAAAAAUUCAAAACCCUAAUUACCAAACGCUAGUGAGUUCUUUAAAUUGGUUAUAUAUUAUACUUAACUUUGUAAAACAUGAAUGAAAACCAUAUUAUAUAAACAGUGAAUGAAAUACAAGGUUCAGAUGCAACAAAUGCUUCUUCUAUAAUAUUUAAUAUCGAAAAUCUACUUGUACUGCAAAUCAAGAUAUUGAUAUUCAGAAUAUUAAAUUGUUUGCACGAAGAGUCAUUGUGUCUCCCGGCAUAUAACUUUGCUUCUCUGAUUCCCGAUAAUUUUGUCAACGUGUUUUGUGACAUCUUAGUUCCAUAUUUAAUGUAUGCUUGAUAGUUCUUCAUUCUUCCCUUUCAGUUUCUUACUAUUGUUUUAAGACAUUUUUCUUGCUCAUAUUGGGUAGGAAGAUUUCUUCAGUUUUACACCUUUAAACGAAUGUUUUAUGUAUGUAUUAUUAUUCAUAAUUACUACUACACAGUAUACUUUUUGACUGUAACCAUGUGAGCAUUUAACUUGUUUUUAAAUGGAUAAUGUCAUUCUUAUAUAUAUAUAGUUCGACUUAAAUAAACAGAUGC